CAAUAAAUUUCUAAAUUUGAAUGUGAAUGUUAUAAAUAGUAAAAAGAGACGAAAGAAAUUGUGGUGAAGAUGAUUUCAGAACAGAACAGGGGAGAGGAUUACCUAUUUGUAGCAGUUGCUUGAGUCAAUUGUAAUGGCUAUUGUUCCCUUCUUCUACAGAGCCCAAAUCCGCCAUAGAUACCCUCCAUAGCCUCUCCACCGCCCUUUUCCCCUACAAUUUUCGCAUCUUCUUCUUCGCCGGAGGAAGAGAACAGCAGCAGAACAAAAAUGGAGGUCAUCAACAAUGUCUUCCACCGCCUCCUCCUCCUCCUCCUCGCCCUCUCCUCUCUUUUCUCCUCCCCCGCCAUUGCCAUUUGCGUUCCUCGAAACACCUCCCUCUUUCAAUUCUCUACUCUUCCACUUCCUACACCAAGCACCCCGCCGGUUUACAUUUCGCAGUCGAUAUCUCGAAAACGAACGCCGAAGUCCGCGGGCAAAUCGAGUUCGAAAUCGGCGUCGUCGUCGUCGACGGAACCGACCGAAUUGGUGCAGAUCUGCGAUGUGACGAGCAAUCCAAAGCUGUGUGAAUCCUCGAUUUCAUCUAGCAUCCAUGGAUCAACGGUGAAUCCUGUUUCUGCACUGAAAACGGAAAUUCAGCUAUCGAUUAAAGAGGUGGAGGACGCAAUUGCGGUAUUGAAAAAACUGGACAAAGAAUCUGGUUUAACGAAUGCGGAAGACUCGUGCUACGAUACUUGCCUGGAGAAUUUCGAUAUGGCGAUUGAUGAUCUACGGACCGCAACGGAAGCGAUCGACGUGAAUGACGUUGGUAGAAUGGAGAGCGCACUGACGGCCGUAUUGACGGAUCUGGUGACUUGCGAUGAUACUUUUCUGGAGAUGGGAGUGGAUUCUCCAUUGGACGAUCUUAGUAUCAAAAUGAACAAGUACGCAAUUAACUGCUUGGCCAUUUCCAAAUUGCUCCUGUGACCGAGAGGAUCGAUCGAUCGAUCUAGUUGGAGAAGAUGAUUGAUUGAUUGAUGCAAUGAUUUGACUCAAUGGACUCUGCCUCCUCUUCCUUCGUUCUUGGUUCUUGGUUCUUCUUCUUCUUCUUCUUCUUCAACCCAUCGUGUUCAUUUGGAGAAGAUUAAUUCAGCAUGAUGAUGAUGAUGAUCAUACAACAUUCUGCUCUCAAUACAUUCUCUCAUGAAUUGAUGGAAUAAAUUUUGUAGUGAUUCAUUGGCA